GACCCGGAUCCAGUAGCAAGAGCUGAGGAUGUAAGACAUUUAUCGAAAUAUGUCUUCCCUAGACAAUAUGGCCUAGCUAGUCCGUUUGUAUCGUCGGAGCGACCGGUGUUUCAGCCGCAGAAAGCCCCUGACUAUCUCGAGAGGGAGGUCGAGAUACAGAAGAAAGGCCCAUGCAAGACACCAAAGCGCCUGAAGCCAAUCCUAGACCUACUGGAUAAAGUAAUCUGGAAACAUGGGAAGUGCAGGUACAAGUCGUUGUUGGAUAUGGCAUGCCCCUCGAAGGUGGGUUUAUGCUGCAAAGGGGUUCAUGAACCCUCCUGA